AUGCCUUUCUACACCAUGUCAAACUCCAUGUCCAACGUCUUAUCCAACAACAUCUUGGAUACCAAGGCCGACAGCGAAGGACAGAAUUCAACUCCUCUUUUGUAUGGCCGGCGCUUGCCCCAGCCCAACAAUCUCUCUUAUGACGAUGCCAUGAGCAACCCGCCGGUGUAUCGUGCACGAUCAACUCUGGCUCCGUUCCCGGAUGCCAUAUCUGCUCUCGUGCCCGGGCCCGACUACCUGUCUACCGGAGCCCCAAGACAGGUGGUAUUAUGGGUGAGAUGCUGCGGAUGCAAGAAUUUGGUCAAUCCUCACCUAGCGCCGGAGAAUAAGUGUCCAAUUUGCGCGCAUACUGAGUGCAGUUCCUGCGGCAAAGAGAAUGUUCCCUAG